UUAGGUUGGCUGCAAAAAACUACAAUUAAAUUAACCUAAUCUAAACAAUCAACACAACAGUUGUGCAUUUCUUAAUUGUUACGAAAUUAUUGUUGAAAUGGACGUGCAUUGCAUGAUUGUUGCGUAUCGGGGUACAUACUAAACGCGGAAGUUUCCCAAUCGUGCGACCUAGGUGUUCGUUAUUGAUUUUAUUGAACACCUACAAUGUUAGAUUCUUCACCUGAGGAUGAAGACUUCCCGGGACGCCUUUUACAUCAAGCUGCAUUAUGGGACAAUACGCAUUUGUUGAUUGAUCUGCUGGAAGGGGGACAACAGGCCUUUUUGAACUCUCAAGACAGUUGGGGGCGCACUCCGCUACAUGCGGCUGCGAUUAAUGAGAAUUCUGGGUGUUUAUCAAUACUGUUAAAUGCAGGCGCGGACCCCAAUAUCUGUUGUGGUCCGAGAGGCGACAAGAAAAUUCCACUACAUUUAAGUGCAGAGCAUGGUCACAAUAGUAACGUGACAAUUUUGCUUCAACAUGAUUCGGAUAUUAACAUUCGAGAUGCAAAUGAAAUGACCGCACUUAAUUUGGCAGAAAAAAGUGGGCAUGUUAAAUGCGUUGCUUUAUUGAAGGAAGCGGCGGAUGCGAGGGAAAAGGCCAGGCUCGACAUCCAUGCAGCGCUCAGGGACGCCUGUUGUCAAGGGGAUGUCAAUUCCGUUUCUUCGUUGCUGUCCUCGUUGUCCAAAGAUGCCGAACUUAUUGUCAACAUGGCACCGAGCGGGGCCAGCACUUUGUUGUUUACGGCUUGCCAGACGGGCUGUAAGGAUAUAGUUAAGGUACUGCUGGAGCAUGGAGCUGACGGGCGACAUCAUCCCGUCACCAAGUACUCACCCUUGUAUAUUGCGUGUCACUAUGGUCAUAGAGAUAUAGUAGAGAUGCUGCUUCUACGGUUUCCUGAACUUAUACAGCAACACACCGUGGAAAGGUGGCUCCCAAUCCACGCAAGCGCCAUCAACGGCCACGUCUCCGUCUUGGAACUCCUCUUUUAUUUCCCAUACCCCACACACGUGUUACGAAAAUUCAGAGAUGGAUCCGAACAAUGGGAAUAUUAUAUGCCUUUUGAUAUCAACGAACGUGACGCGACUGGCCAAAACAUACUCUACAUGGCAUGCUUGGUAGGAAACAAGAAACUUUUAGACGUCAUACUAAAGUUUAAAGUGAAAGCGACCAGGUUACAACCGGACGAUGAAGCAACACCUGUCUCGGAAAGUAAUUCAGUGAUUAGUCCGACGAGGCGGCGAAUUUCCGAUGGUAUUCAGUCGAUUUUAUCCAAACUGAAUUUGACGAGAGAUAACUCGGUGGAAAGUAGCAUGGAAGUCGAUCCCAACUGUUCCAUGAUUUGCCCGUUGCGCAUCGACAUGUAUUGUAAUAAUAACACGGAAACGGCUCUGCAUGCAGCGGUUAAAGGCAAGCACUAUGAUAUAGCUUUGGCUUUGUUGAACGCCGGAGCCAACGCGAAUUGUGUGAUUAAAGCGUAUCAAGACUUAGAGAGUUUGAGCUGUUGUUCAAUUGAAGAAGACUCCAACUAUGGACAAUCCACCGCUUUAGUGGAAGCUUGUAAGAACCGCGACGUGCCUAUAGUCGACUUAUUACUUAAGUACGGUGCUCGAGAUGACGAAUGCAAAGCCCUCUCAGUCGUCGUACAAAACAAAGACGAAACUUUAACCGCCAAACUCCUAUCCACGAAAGCCCACCCCGACCCAGAAUUCAAAAUCAACAAAAAAGCGAUGACCGAAAACGUCAACUCGUCUCAGUUCACCAUUUUCUCCAACGUCACGAAUCUCACAUACAGCGCCCUCUUCCCGAACACACCCACAAUGAUCAACUGGCACAACCAAAAGUGCAACCUGUCCCAAAUCCGAACCCAGUGGUUGACAGACGCCGCCUUACACUUAAAUCAGAAACUCAAGCAGAAUCCGCGCAGCUACGACAUAGCUUUGUACGCAAUCACGCGCUUGGACAUCUCCAACAACAAUUUAAAUUCGGUCCCUUUGGCCGUAUUUCAGUUGUACAGUUUGAGGUACUUGAAUAUGGGUCAAAACAAGAUCGAGAAGUUGCCGAUUCCGGUGGCGUCGCCGGCGAAGAGAGGUUUGCGGAGAAAAAGUGUUCAUAACGAGGAGCUGAAUUAUUCGUGUCCGGUCCUGGAGGAGCUGUAUUUGCAGGAUAAUCGAUUGGAUCAUAUUCCGGAGGCUGUGUUUAGGUUACCGGCGCUGGUCACGCUGGUGGUUUCGAAUAAUAAGUUGCAGCAACUUCCGUAUAAUAUGUGGCUGGCGCCGAAGUUGAAAGAAUUGAAUGCCUCGUUUAAUUUGCUGAAGGAGUUGCCGACGAACGUGUCGGAGACCCCCGAUGAAUGCGACAAAAUGAGUGUCAGUUCCAGCGAUAGUCAAUUGUCAAGUCACUGCGAACACGACGGCGAAACUGACAUCCGGUGCGAUUUCGAGUUGGACUCGAAGUACUUGUCCAACGAUGAAACGAGUCAAUGUGUACGAUAUAGGAAAAAGGAUAGGUCUUUUAUUCAGUUUGACUUGGCCAAGCACCACAUUUGGAGCAAAAACGUGGAAGUGACAGAGCAAAUUCUGCACGCUGAUGAAUCUGUGACGGAACAUUCGUCCAAAUUGUCUGCUUUGAAUUUGGCACACAACCUCUUCACUAGCAUUCCAGUAGUGUUGCCAUGUUUGGCGGUGAAUUUGACAAGACUCAACAUGGCUUUUAAUACCUUGAGGUCAAUGUCGCACAUCACCAGCUACCCUAGCUCGCUGAAACAGCUCGAUUUGAGUCAUAAUCAAAUCACGUGUUGGCCGAGUUUGCCUCAGGUAGAAGCCCAAGAUGUAAUGGAGUUGGCCAAUAUUGCCUGCUAUGGAGGUAGUUUCGGUUCCAGAGAAAAGGUGUCAGGGAUAAGUGCUCGUAGGCAACCCGGAAGGUCGGUUCGCAACACCGUCCUUCACUCAGUUUGUUCCCAUAGAAGACACCUCAAGUUGGACAGUCUGCGAACGUUGAUUUUGGCCGACAACCAGCUGCCUCGCAUCCAACUAACCACCGACGACGACGGCGACGUCAGCACCGUCGAAGAAGAAGACCUGGAACGACGCAAAGAAAUUAAUACGCAUUUUGAAGAUGACUUUAUUUGUGUAUCUUUUUCCAAGGUAGUCGGGAACCCCGCCGCGGGAAAAGCUCGUUUGAUGUUUCCCAAUUUGUCAAUGUUAGAUGUGAGCAACAACAAUCUCAAGGAGAUCCCCGUCAAUAUCAACGAACUGAGCAACUUAUCCGUCCUUAAUAUCAGCGGUAACUUAGACAUUAAUGAACUCCCACCACAAAUGGGGCUGUUAUCUCGAUUAUGGAACCUCAACACGCGCGGAUGUUCUUUGCAAGAUCCGUUGAAGUCGAUGAUCGAUAGUAAAAAAUACAAGACGAUGGAUAUUGUGGGGUAUUUGAAGUCUGUGUUGGAAGACGCUAGACCCUACGCUCGCAUGAAGCUGAUGAUCGUGGGAGUGCAAGGCAUCGGGAAAACUAGUUUAUUGGAGCAGCUGAGGCAGGAGGGAAUCACGAGGAGGCGGCCGGAGCACUGGGCUAAAAGAAUGGGGAACAAAAACAUCAACGUGAAGACUUCACGAGGCACGAACAUGUCGACAGUCGGAGUCGACAUAGGCGAUUGGGUCUACGAAAAAAAAGUACGCAACCAAUCAUCACACGGUCCCGUGAUUUUCAGAACCUGGGACUUCGGUGGCCAAAAGGAGUAUUACGCCACUCAUCAGUAUUUUUUGUCGAAACGGAGUCUAUACCUCGUGGUUUGGCGCAUAAUAGACGGACAUCGAGGUAUAAACGAAAUUCUACAAUGGUUGGUCAACAUCCAAGCGAGAGCCCCCAACUCUCCCGUCAUCAUAGUCGGAACACACUACGACGUAGUCCAGGAAUUUAAUCCGAACAUUUCUGAAGAGUACCAACAGAUUAUUAGAGAUCGGUUUAUCAAUAUCGUGGACGCGGAGAAGUGUGGGUUACCACGUGUCUUGGAUACGAUCGAAAUCAGUUGCAAAACUAGACACAACGUGAAGUUGUUGUGCAAUUUGAUUUAUGACACGGUGUUCAGUCUGAGACCUCCAGGAAGUAAGGAAUUGCUACUAGAACAAAAAGUUCCGGCGACGUAUCUGGCUUUAGAAGACGUGGUCAAUCACAUAGCUGCUGAACGAAGAAUGAACGGACUCGACCCGGUCUUGAACGCCGAACAGUACCGCACUAUCGUGACAACCGAAAUGCAACAGCGUUUCAAUCGGGUGUUUCGAGACUGGGCGGAACUUCAUCAAGCCACUCUAUUUUUACACGACAAUGGGGUGCUACUUCACUACGACGACGCCACAUUAAAAGACCUCUACUUCUUGGACCCGCAAUGGUUGUGCGAUAUGCUAGCCCACGUCGUAACCAUCCGCGAAAUUAACCCAUUCGCCCGCACUGGCGUAAUGAAACUCGACGACUUGAAGCACAUCUUCAAAGCUAGUAGUAUCGGACCCAUGGACACCAGAGGCUACAUAGUAAAUCUUCUCAAUAAAUUCGAAGUCGCGCUGACUUGGGACUCCCGGACUCUCUUAAUUCCGUCUUUGUUGCCGUCUGAAGAAGAUAUUUUGUUGGCGCAGAUGUAUCCUGGUCAGUUUCAUCCCCUUGUUAAGGUUAAAGUGCCCUUGAGGUCGCGUGGGUGGGCUGUGAGGAGUAAGAAAAUCACUGUGUCGCCGAAGUCGGUGCUUUAUAGGGAUACGACGUCGCAGGGAAAGUUUCAGAUGAGUUUGCCUUCGACGUCUACGGCGAAGAAUGAUGAAGUUGAGGAAGAAGCAAAAUAUUACGUGACGAGUUCUCCGACUGAUCAAACCAUUACGAGGUUGCUCUUGAUGUCGUAUUUUCCGUCGGGGUUUUGGUCCCGAUUGAUAUCCAGGAUUUUGGCAGAUGACAGCAUUAUUGACAUAAUUCGAUCCUUUUUCAUUUUGCCAAAAGAGGUGGCCCAAGACAUAGAUCUAGUCAAACUCUUGGAUUUAAAAGCGGAAUGGGUGCUUUGGCAAACCGGCCUCCAACUAAAAUACGGCGACAUAACUCUCUUCCGCAUGAGAGAAGUCUUACACAAUUCAGCGGCAUACUACAGACAACUAAAGUUUCGCUUGAAACAAGACGGCGUGUGGUGUGACGUCGACCUCCAAAACACCUCUAUCCUAGAAAUACACUUCCCCGUCGACUCCCUCGUAAUCAAACCGAUAAUCGCAGAAAGUACAGAUCCGAAUAAAUACACCCUCAAGAGCGACCUCGUCAUCAACUGUACUCCGGAAUCGACCGCCCAACUAUUGGCUUUAGCAGUCGAUCACGUCGAUAUUCUUCUGGAGGAUUGGUACCCCACUCUAGGGACUAGGUUUGUGCAUACAUCCGAAGGCAAAUUUUUGGUGACGCGCCUGGUGCCUUGCCCUCGCUGUUUACAACAAUCAAACGAAGUCGACCCGAAUUUCCCCAACACGCCUACUGAUCUAAGUCAAUCGAAACACUUCCUUGACGCUAUGACUCAAGUCGAUCCAGAUGUGGAGCGCAGCCGAAUACGUAAAUCUCAAGAGUCGUACACGUCGGAGUGUGAUAGCGGCGUCGGUCCGGACUCUACGGGUUCAAGUAGGAUGCCUUCCAUGGAAGGACAUCCUGGAGUUACCACGGAGGAUGUUAAUGCGAAUAACCAGCUGUUUUAUUCGUGGAUGGUCGAAGAGUGUAUUCUUGCUUCGUACGGCACGCGAUUCGUGACUUGUCCGAACCAUGGCGACGUCACUCUGGCUAGCAUAGCACCAGAUACGAUUUUCCUGGAUUUGGGCGAGCGCUACAUAAUCAAGUCGGAAAACGUGAAGAAAGGACGAUUAUUGGGUCGAGGCGCUUUUGGUUUUGUGUUCAAAGGGACGUGUAAAGUCAGAGGAAGUAAUACGAUGAUCGACGUAGCUAUGAAGAUGUUGCAGCCGGUCCAACCCGGACCCAACGCCCGACAAUCCGCUAUUGUCGCCUAUAAAGCGGCACAGGGAAAGUGGGAUCGAGACCCUUUGCAGUACGCUUGUAAGGCGUAUUGUACCGCCCGACAAGAAUUGAACAUUUUGCUUUCUCUGCGGCACCCAAACAUCGUCCCGUUCGUCGGUGUUUGCACUAGUCCUUUAGCUUUAAUUCUAGACUUAGCUCCCCAAGGUGCCUUAGAUCUCGUUCUUAGACACUUCAGGCGAUCGGGUGCCAAAGUGGGACCCUACACUCUGCAGGCGAUUAUCUUACAAGUGGCCAAAGCGAUCGAAUAUUUGCACCGACAACACAUCAUCUACCGGGACUUGAAAUCCGAGAAUGUGCUCGUGUGGGAAAUGCCGCCGCCGUUCGUGGAUCAUCCAGACCAUCCAGUUCACAUUAAAGUGGCAGAUUAUGGCAUCAGUCGGCUGACUUUGCCGUCAGGUGCCAAGGGAUUCGGUGGGACUGAGGGUUUUAUGGCACCUGAGAUCAUGCGCUACAACGGGGAGGAGGAGUACACGGAGAAAGUGGACUGUUUUUCGUUCGGGAUGUUCAUUUACGAGUUGCUGACGUUACAUCAGCCUUUCGAAGGGCACGAGUCUGUGAAGGAGUGUAUUUUGGAAGGGGGGAGACCGCCGUUGACCUAUAGGGAGACUUUGUACCCGAGCUAUUUCCUGGAUUUGAUGGUUUUGUGCUGGUCGCAACAACCCAAAGAUCGACCUUCAGCCAGUCAGAUAGUUUCUAUAGCCAGUGCCCCUGAGUUCACGCAUUUGAGCGAUGUGACGUCAUUGAAGCACGAAGCGUCGGUGGUGGCGUCGGCUAGUGCGGCUGUGACGCAUAUUACAGAUGAUGGCUUAUGCGGAUCCGAAAUGUGGUUAAUGUGUUCCAAUUCUCGAAUCGACCUCUUGUUAGCGGCCGACCGCGGUUGGCUCCAGUAUCACACAAUGGCGCUUCCUAUCAGAGCCACCGCAGCGUGCACCGUGGGGAAUUCCGUAUGGAUCGGAGACUAUUCGGGAAACCUCCACGCUUAUUCUGCCAGCGAUGGCUACAAAUUAUUUUCCUAUGCCCUCGAAACUGAACCAAACACGAAUGUAGAAGCUCUCCUUUACUUACCGCCGUUGAAGAGAGUAGCUUGCGCCCUCUCCAACGGCCGAUUAUUCCUGGUGAAUUCGGACGCCGUUCCCACCACCCCCACAGCGGCAGAGGGUACUUUCGUGAUGACCGAACUGGGUUCGAGUUCCACCAUAAAUUGUUUAUGUGCGAUUUUUAAAGACGCCGGAGCGGUUUGCGAACUGUGGUGCGGCGAAUCCAACGGCCAGAUCUCCAUUUACACGAUCAAAGACCACGUGGUGGCGGGUCACGAGACCAUGAACCACUACCAGCCCGUCAUCGAACAAGUCAACGUGAUGAAUUUGAUAGCCGCCGAGCACAACGUGUGGUCGUACGUCCGGCCAGGGUGCAUUAUUUACCAGUGGGACCAAAAAAGUAGGACCAUCAUCAACAAGCUGGACUGCUCGAAACUCGUACCGUGCUCGGAGAGCCUCAAGUCGAUAGCGAUCGAGGAGCAUUUGAGUCCCACCAAUUGCCAGGUGACGAGUUUGGCUGUGCUGAACGAAGAGUUGUACAUAGGAACGACGUGGGGGUGCGUCAUCAUCGCCGAAAGGGCCACGUUGCGCCCCAUCACGAUUUUCAGGCCUUACGAAGAGGAAGUCAAAGCUAUCGUGCCGUUAGCGAUGUGCAAAAGUAUUAACGAGAGUCACGACAAUACGCCGCUGAUCGCCACUAUUGGCAGGGGGUACAGGAAUUUGCUGUCCAGGUACACGGACGUGCCAGUCAAUAUAGGACAUUCUUUACAAAGUCCGAUGGCUGGCAACGCGCCAGUGUUCGCGAACAAGCAAAAUAUGUUCGUUUUGUUGUGGAGGGCGGAACACUGGAACGCGGUUUGAAUUUUUGAGUGUUUGCAAUCUAGAUGUGUUUCAUUCCAAGAUUCUGAGGUUUUCGUGAUAAUUAUUUGCGGUUUUUAAUUAACGAGUUGUUGUCCCUGUUAUGUGAUUUUAUUAUACAUGUAUUUUUAAUUUUUAUAUAUAUUUUUUUUACUUUUUAGCUGUGAUUUUUAUCAGUCAUUUUCAAUUGUUAUUGCUGAAAUUUUUAUUGAAUAAAAGGUUGAUAUGUUGUA